GUUUCUCUUCCGCCGUCAAAGGAGACGCGGCGCGGGCGGGCGGCCCGUCGGAACUAUGCGCGCGGCGCGCGGGCGACCAUGCAAUGGCGCUCGCUGGUGCUGGGGCUGCUGCUGCUGAGGCUGGGGCUGCACGCGCUGCUGGCGCUGCUCCCCGCGCUGGCGCCCGGCCUCUGCCUGCGCCUCCGCCUCCCGUUCCCCUUCCCGCCGCGUUCCGCCGCCCUCGGCCCUCCCGGCGCCGCGCGGCCGCUGCCCGGCGGGGGCUCCUCGCAUUGGGGUUCGCUGCGGGGCGGCGGCGGCGCGGCGGGGCGCGAUGAGUACGAGACGCGCUACAGCGCCGCGUUCCCCCCGCAGCUGCGGGCCCGGCUGCGCGACGCCGCCCGCGGUAUGUUCGCCUUCGGCUACGACAGCUACAUGCAGCACGCCUUCCCCAGCGACGAGCUCGACCCCCUGCACUGCUGCGGCCGCGGGCCCGACCGCGACGACCCUUCGAAUCUGAACAUCAACGAUGUCUUAGGGAACUACUCGCUGACGCUGAUAGAUGCACUGGAUACCCUAGCGGUGAUGGGAAAUUCUUCCGAGUUCCAGAAGGCGGUGAAGCUGGUGAUUGACACAGUUUCAUUUGACAAAGACUCAACAGUCCAAGUUUUUGAGGCAACCAUCAGGGUUUUGGGAAGCCUGCUUUCUGCCCACAUAAUAAUUACAGAUGCCAAACAGCCUUUUGGUGAUAUGACCAUUAAGGAUUAUGACAACGAACUGCUGCACAUGGCUCAUGACCUAGCAGUGAGACUGCUCCCAGCAUUUGAGAACACCAAAACUGGAAUUCCGUAUCCUCGGGUCAACCUGAAGAAGGGAGUUCCUCCAAACAGCAAUAAUGAAACUUGCACUGCAGGAGCCGGUUCCUUGUUGGUAGAGUUUGGUAUUCUGAGCAGGCUGCUCGGCGAUUCCACAUUUGAAUGGGUGGCCAGGAGAGCAGUCAAAGCACUCUGGAGUCUCAGGAGUAACAACACUGGACUGCUAGGAAAUGUUGUGAAUAUUCAAACUGGCCAUUGGGUUGGAAAGCAGAGUGGCUUGGGGGCAGGAUCAGAUUCGUUUUAUGAAUACCUCCUGAAGUCCUACAUCCUCUUUGGAGAGAAGGAAGACUUAGAGAUGUUCAUCGAUGCUUAUCAGAACAUUCAGAACCACUUACGAAGGGGUCGAGAAGCUUGCAAUGAAGGUGAAGGUGACCCGCCUUUGUAUGUUAAUGUAAACAUGUUCACUGGACAGCUGAUGAACACAUGGAUUGACUCCUUGCAAGCCUUUUUUCCUGGACUGCAGGUGUUGAUAGGAGACGUAGAAGAUGCUAUUUGCCUCCAUGCUUUUUAUUAUGCCAUAUGGAAACGAUAUGGAGCCCUCCCAGAAAGGUACAACUGGCAAUUGCAAGCACCGGAUGUUCCCUUUUAUCCACUGAGGCCGGAGUUAGUGGAAUCCACAUAUCUUCUUUACCAGGCCACAAAGAACCCAUUUUACCUUCAUGUGGGAAUGGAUAUUCUACAGAGUUUGGAAAAAUACACAAAAGCGAAGUGUGGCUAUGCUACAUUACACCAUGUGGUGGAGAAGACAAAAGAAGAUCGAAUGGAGAGCUUUUUUCUCAGUGAAACAUGUAAAUAUUUGUACCUGUUGUUUGAUGAAGACAAUCCAGUGCAUAAGUCUGGAAAUAAAUAUAUGUUUACUACUGAGGGACAUAUUGUGUCUGUGGAUGAACGUUUUCGGAACUCGCUGUGGCAAGAUAUCCUCCCUGGGGAGGAGGGCACAGAAAAAGUUAAGCCUAACGAAUUAAAGGCCGUCAACUUCAGUUCUAAUUGUAACAGAGUUCCGGAUGAGAGGAGAUACUUGCUGCCGUUGAAGAGCAACUACAUGAGACAGAUCGAUCGGAUGGUGGGCUUGAUCUGAAUGCUUCUUCAAAGCAACUUUUGUCAUAUGUCAGGAAGAGCAUGGGAUUUGGCUCUGGACAUUCCUCUUCAGCUACACAGCUGUGUGUGCUGAGCCAUGUGGGUAUCCCCUGUGCUUGUUAGUUUUCAAUUAUGGACGUGAAGGGAGAUUUAAUUCCCUUACGAGUUCAGUCUUCUGAACUAUGGGAGCUCCAUGUGCCACCCAAAUAGAGAUUUCUGGUUUUAAGACUUCCUAUGAAAAACGUUGAAAAUGAAGGUUGGAUAUACUUCAAAAAAAAAGAAAAAAAGAAGAAGAAAACAAUUGGCAUGUGCCACUUAGCUACCUCUUUGUAGCUGCAUUACAGAUUUCCCUUUGGAAAAGGGUCAGGUAUUUAAUUUGAAAUGAUCUUGGGAUUGGGGAAGGAAUGGGAAAGUGCAAUUUCUUACACCACGUUUAAUUAUCGGGUUAUUCAGACCAGCAAUACACAAUCUGAAGUACUUCUCAGGUAGGGACCCACUGGCAGUGGGUUUUGACUAAAACAAAAAUGCUCUGUGUAGAACAGUAUCUUGAAGAGAUAGCUCUUGAUCACAUAAGAAGCUGUCAGUAUAGUCAUGAGAUCCCUCAUGUGCACGGUUGAAUAGCACUGUGCAGUCACAAGGGCUGUAGCUACAGAAACCAGUAAUAACACAAAUUUGGUGCCUUCUUUUGUAAGGGAGGGUGGGGUGGGGUGGGGAGGAGGAGGAGGGAUAAAACUUCCAAGCCACUCAGCUGUGGAAGCAGCUAACUUCCAGGAUCACAGUGCCUGCCGUGUGCCUGGUGCCUCUUCCAGAGAGAUGCUGCUGAGAACUGCUAUAACAGUCUGUGCAGAACAAACUCUUUCACAUUCCUUACAGCAUUAAUACGUGAGUGCCUUACGUUUUCCUCGGUGGCAGGAAAAACUGAACUUACCUGGGAGGAGGGAUGGAGUAUUUCUGGGUAGUUAAAAUAUGCAGUUGGUCCCAAAGUAAUGUAAAGAGUAACUUACAUGUGAGACAACUUUAAAAGAACUUUUUAAAUAGCGCAGCUGCUGUGCCCACCCCGAAGAACACUUCUGGGUUUAUUUUCUGUCACUGUAAUUGGCAAAGGGUGAAGGGGCCAUCCCUGCAUCAUCCUGAGGCAGGAGUCAGUGAGAGGUGUGAGCUCGUCCUUCUGUCACCAGGCAGUUUGGUACGUGCCAUCAUAGCUGCAUCGUGCCUGCAGGAGCUGCCGGUGCUGACCACAAUGCUGGAGUGUACUGCAGGCUGUGCCUUCUGAUUCCAGGGAGAAAACUGCUGGUGCUUCAUCCCACCAUCUUCAAUUGCAGCUCAGGUGUAUUUGAGGAAUAGCAAUAUGUGAAUUUUCACGAGGAAGGCAGUUGAAUUCGGGCAGCCCUGUUGUGAGGGAUGAGAACAACUUAGUCCUUUUUCCAGUGGCUCCUCAUUGCUUACGUGCUUUUUACAUGCUGCUGCUGACUGCAGUUGAAGCAAUUGAACGUUACUGUUGGGUUCAUUGUUUUUAAAUUAAGGCUUAAAAUAAGGACAAACUUGAUCUGCUGUAUUUUCACCUUUUUAUGGUAACAUCUGCUUUGGUAAGCCAUAUAUUGCAACUCAAAACAUUUCUAAUAAAUAUGAAGUUAGUGCUUAAGAGGUUAUUGCUUGAAUCUUUUAGUGUGCAGAUGCAUCUCAGGGACCUCAUUGUAGAAUCUUUUGUUCCGUGAUAGCUGGAUCUUGUAUUCAGGCAAAAAAAUACAUGUUCCUGUCUUCCUGGUUUUAAUGAAUGUGUUUUAAUAGGGGUUUUGGAGGUAGAGGGAAAUACGUUAAGAUUUCCCAAAACUUUGCAAUAGAAUCAGUUGCCUUUGCUAUCUUAGGCAGCUGGCAAUUCCAACUCCUUCAGAAUUGGCUUUGCAAACCUACGACUAGAAUAUCUGCUCAGUUGCCUAAAUCAAAGCAGAACACAAAUUCAGAGUGUUAAUAUCCAAACGUAUUGGAAAUGGCUCUCCUUAACCAGUAAACAUUGACUGGGCAUGCUGGCACACUUCAGUUUGUGAGCACCUGCAGAAGCGUGGGAGGAUGCAUAAAGGGAGUGCGUUCUGCAGGUGGGAGACAGCAGAAAUGCCUGGGGUUUCUGAAAUGCUGCAGGGUCAGACCUUCUGGUCGUGCUUGGCGAUGUGGAAGCAAAGCACAGUGUUCUGGAACAUUCCAUUUCAAGUCAGUGUAGCAGUUGCCAGUGCUGACAUUGCCCUCGGUGUGUUGUGGAUGUUUCUGGUGGUGCUUUUUCCCCACCUGGCACUGGAGCUCUCUGAAUGUGCAUUAUGCAUCAUGCAGUUGCCUCUGUGUUUUGUGCCUUCUGAAAAGCCUGAGCCCUGGUAAGGGUUCCAGCUGAGUGUUAUGCACCGAAGUCUGUUCCAGAGUUUUCCCAGGGAAGCACAGGGCUGAAAUGAAGUUGCACAGUAUCCUACCAGCUUGCUUUUCACUUCUCGUGUGUGCCAGGAGCGGUGAAAGGCGAUGUGCAGUGGGAGCAGAGUGGGCAGGUAUUGCAGCCCUUCAGCCCAUAGUGACUCGGGCCAUGAGUUGCAGUGCCAUCUCAUAGAUGGGCGGCUUCUCAUUAGAAACAGUGCUGGGAUUUGUGUUGCCACAGUGAGCCAAUGGCUGUCAUCCCACAGGAGCACUCCUGCCUCCUGGGAGGCUGGUUCCACGUGGUGGAAGGUUUGUGUUCUUCGGGGAGCCAACUCUUCUCUUUUGGAAUAAAAAACAAGUGUUCUGAGAUACUUUCCUCUGUAAUGGCAGGGCACAUGCUAUGCACUAAUAUGGAACCUUUUGGGAAGAUCAGUGGUAAAUGAAAUUGGUAACACUGCUGGAAUAACUUGCUGAAACAGGUUUUGUAUUUCUUGCUAUAAUGUGCAAUAUCAUUUUUUUCCUAAUUAAAGAUACAGUGUAUGCUUAACAGUUGUUUUUCAACAGAGUAUUUAAUUGGGGAUGGGCAACUUUUAAGAGGACCAAAUGUGCUUUUGUGAAACGUCCGAAGUUUUCAAAACUGAGCUUCAAUUUUAAAGUUUUGCAUUAAAAGUGAUGUAUUUGA